AUGGGCGACGAUCAUGAAUGGCAGACUGUCAACAGGAAUAGAAGAUCGAAACAACAUCCCAAAACUGAUAUAGCAACACUAUCAAGGAAUGGCAAACUAAAUAAUGCAAAUCUAAUUUCUUAUUUCUUCACUGAAAUUCCAGAUAGUUUUAAUGCAAAGGCGAUGCUCAAUAUUUUUCAAAAGUAUGGAAGCAUUAUUGAAGUAGUGAUACCGGCGAAAAGAGACAAAGGUGGGAGAAGAUUUGGUUUUGCUCGCUUUGAAAACGUAAGAGAUACCCGUCUAUUUGGAGUGAAAUUGGAUAAUAUUAUUAUUGGCAGAGAUAAAAUAAGGGUGAAUCUUUCAAGAUUUGAAAGAAAAUUUGAAUCUCCAAGGCGUGUACAAAGAAAUGAGGGCACGCUAAAACAAGCCAAUGAUAAUGGAAAAUUCAAUGACAAUCACAGGAAGGAUGAUGUAGGUAACCGCUCUUAUGCUAAUGUAGCGCGUUAUGAUGGGGCAGAUAGACAACAAGAAGGCAAUAAUCAGGUCUCUUUGUCUUAUGUUUCGGACAAGAAAGAUUUGCAGCAGUUAAAGAAAUCGUUUGUUGGGGAAAUAGUGAACCCGGGAACGACUUAUAAUAUUCAAGAAGUGUUCCAUAUGCAGGGGUAUUUCGGAGUUAAGAUUACUCCUUUAGGAGCAAACCUGGCUCUCCUAGAAGGCCAAGAAGAGGGGGAGGUGCAGGCACUCAUGGAAGAUGCCAGAGAAUGGAUGGAACAAUGGUUCAAGGAGGUGCGGCCUUGGAAUGCUAAGGAGAUUGAUCUGGAAAGAUUAGUUUGGUUGCGAGUUUAUGGCAUUCUGGCACAUGCGUGGAAUGAUGCUUUCUUCACCUUGAUCUCAAAACCAUGGGGGCAUUUUAUCAAUGCUGAUGACGGCACGAAUAAAAAAAUAUCAAUGGAUGUGGCGCGACUUUUGAUUCGCACUUCUGGGCAAAGGGUGGUGGACGAAUUCAUUGAUGUGAAGAUAGACGGAGACAUCUUUCAUAUCCGUGUUAUCGAAGAUUCGUAUGGUCCGAUGAGAAUUAUGGUGCACCAACCGAAUAGUCGUGAAGGCAGAGACGAAGACAGCGAUAGCUCAGAGGAAGAAGAAUGA